AGCAGCGGCUCUGCUCUGCUCGACCGGCAGCAUCACUCACACCUGACAAACUAGAGUGGCUACUCUCAGCUGUAUCUGAAGACUUUUUUUUCUUUAAUGUAUGUCAACACUAUAGAGGAUCACUGAAGAAGAACCAAUCAUCUGUUACUGAAGGCGGGUACCAUGUCGGAAUUAAACAAGGUGGCACUCCUGCUGUGCGUCCUGGCUUCAGUGGCUCUGGGCCAAGGAGCUGUGAGGACCAGGAGUCCAUCAGAAAGGAGCAGAAGAGUGGCCCUCAACACGUUCACUGACGCACAGACAACAGGCGUGACGGAGUGGACAUCUUGGUUCAACAUCGACCAUCCUGGAGGGAAUGGAGACUAUGAGCGGCUGGAGGCAAUCCGCUUCUAUUACAGGGAGAGAGUCUGUGCUCGGCCAACGGCCAUGGAGGCUCGCACUACAGACUGGGUGGCAGCGGCAGACACCGGGGAAGUGGUCCACUCCAGUCUAGAGAAGGGCUUCUGGUGCAUUAACAGGGAACAGCCCCAGGGCCGUGUCUGCUCCAACUACCACGUCCGCUUUCAGUGUCCACCAGUGCAGAGCUACUGGACUGACUGGAGUGAGUGGGGUCCCUGUUCAACCACAGUUUGUGAUGAUGUAGGCAUCCAAGUCCGCCAGAGGAAAUGUGUGAACACUCAGCCCAUGCCUCUCCUGUUGGUGCCAGCGUGUCAGGGGCACCAUACAGAGAGAAGGGAGUGCUCCAACCCUCCAUGUACAGCCAAGUGGGGUCCAUGGGGUCGGUGGGGGACGUGUUCAGUGACCUGUGGUGGAGGCCGCAGGAUUCGGAGAAGGACAUGUGUGAGGACCUCAUUGACGGUUCAGUGUACUGGACGGCCUGUUGAAAUACAGAAGUGUGGGAAGAGUCCAUGCCCAGUCAAAUGUCAGCUCGAGUGCACCGAGGGCCGUCCCAAUGAAGAUUGCAGCCGGUGUACGUGUGAUGACCACGUGCUGCACGGAGAAGUCCACAGUGUGACUGGUGUCCCUGUGGCAGGAGCCUUCAUAGCACUGGCCAGCCAGCCCAAGGUGAUCCGUGUCCGUACGGAUGCCAAAGGUCAGUUCAAGCUCACAGGAAUCUGCUCCUCCAGGUCGACCUUGAUCUCCAUCAGGAAAGAGAAGUUUGCCCCGAUCACCGUCUCCUCCUCCAGUAACACCACAGGGUCGUCCUGGGUACGGGCCAUCCUCAAAUCAGCCGAGAAGCCGUACAUUGUGAAGCACCCAGAGGACAAAGUGCGCUUUGAGGGAGGACGGGUGAUGCUGUGCUGCAAGGCAACGGGAUCACCGACACCUGACAAAUACUACUGGUAUCACAAUGGGACCCUGCUGGACAGGAAGGUGUACAAGUAUGAAGAGGACCUUGUACUGUGGGACCUGAAGCCAGAGCAGUCAGGGGAGUACUAUUGCAAAACCAGCAGCUCUGCAGGAAGCAUCAAGUCCUCUCCAGCCCUCCUUACUGUGAUUGCAAAAGGAAAGCCAGCAUGCAACCCCACCCCUGAGACACACCUCAUCAGACUGCCGAUAGACUGCGUUCAACCCGGGACUGACUCCAUGCACUACAACGCUGGUCGCUGUCCUCACAACAAAUGUGCUGGCUCCCUAGACUUUGAUAUGCGCUGCAGAGAUGGAGCUGGGUUCUGCUGUGGGGUCCAAACUAUGGAAAGUCGGAUAAUUGACUGUGGGAGCUACAGCCUCCCUAUCAAGGCUGUGACACAGUGCAACUGUCAGAAGUGUGUGCAGCCUACUGUGCUUGUUCGUGGCAGAGUGGUCACUGCUGACAAUGAUGAGCCUCUGCGUUUUGGGCACAUUUUCAUUGGUAAAGAGAGGGUGGGCACCACUGGAUACCAAGGAGGUUUCACAUUACAAAUUACUCCUGACACACAGAGAUUAGUGGUGAAUUUUGUUGACCCCUCUGAGAAGUUUCUUGACACUCCAAAGGUGUUCAUCCUUGACAAGAAAGGUGGGUCCAUCUACCACAAUGUGAAGGUGAUGAGAAAGCAGACACCAAUUGAUAUCAAUGCAGGAGAAACCAACUCCAUUAACCUUGGGGAAAUAAAAGGGGAAGACCCCAUUGGUCAGUUGGUUAUUCCUCCCAACUCCUUCCACAAGGACAAUGGAGAAAUCUAUGAGGGAACUGUGAAAGCCAGCGUCACAUUCAUAGACCCAAGAAAUAUCACCACGGCAGCCGCAGCCCCUGGAGAUCUCAACUUUGUUGACGAUGAGGGUGACAUGCUCCCUUUGAGGACCUACGGCAUGUUCUCUGUGGACUUCAGAGAUGAGACCAACAAGGAGGUGCUUGGAGCUGGAGCUGUUCAACUCCUUCUCGACACGCAGCACGUCAAAAUGCAAGAGCACAUUCCAAAAAUGAAACUGUGGUCAUUAAACCCAGACACAGGAGUCUGGGAGGAGGAGAGUGACUUCUCUUAUACAACAACGACUACUGGUGGUCAUGGGCGGAGCAAACGAGAGGAGCGCACAUUCCUCAUAGGAAACAUGGAGAUCAGGGAACGAAGGCUCUUCAAUUUAGACGUGCCUGAAAAUAGACGCUGCUAUGUCAAAGUCCGUGCCUACAUGAGUGACAAGUUCCUACCUAGUGAACAGCUGGAGGGCGUUGUGAUCAGCUUGAUAAACUUGGAACCUAAACCUGGUUAUUCCUCUAAUCCUAGGGCAUGGGGCCGCUUCGACAGCGUCAUAACUGGAUCCAAUGGGGCCUGUUUACCAGCUUUCUGUGAUGCCCAAAGGCCUGAUGCCUACACAGCAUAUGUCACCGCAAUGAUGGGUGGGGAAGAACUCGAGGCAGCUCCGUCUUCCCCCAAAAUGAAUCCAAACAUCAUUGGAGUGUCUCAGCCAUAUCUAGAUAAAAUAGACUACCAGCGCUCAGACCACGAGGAUCCAGCUCUGAAGAAAACAGCCUUCAAAAUCAACUUGGCAAAACCUAACCAAAAUAAUCUUGAUGAGACGAAUGGGCCAAUAUAUCCAUAUCAGAAUUUAAUAGGUUGUGAAAAUGCCCCUUUUGAUGCGAAUCAUUUCAGAUUCUUCAGAGUUGAAAAGGACAAGUAUGAAUACAAUGUUGUUCCUUUUGAGGAGAAUGAUUUGACAACCUGGACAGGGGACUACCUCUCCUGGUGGCCUAAUCCCCAGGAGUUCAGAGCAUGCUAUAUUAAGGUCAAGAUCCAUGGACAGAAGGAAGUUAUGGUCAGGUCAAGGAAUCUGGGAGGAACACACCGAGAAACAAAAGGCAAACUUUAUGGCAUAAGAGACAUUCGCAGCACUCGGGACAUGCGAGAGGCAAACACGUCAGCAGCCUGUGUAGAGUUCAAAUGCAGCGGCAUGUUGUUUGAUCAAGCUGAGGUGGACAGGUCCAUCAUAUCAGUCCUUCCUCAGGGGAACUGUCGCAGGAUUGGCACCAACAGCCUCCUACAAGAGUAUCUCAUCAAACAUCCACCAGUUGCUCAUAACAAUGAGUCCCAUGGAUUCACCAUGCUAGCCCCUGUUGAUCCUUUGGGACACAACUACGGCAUCUACACUGUCACAGACCAGAACCCAAGGGUGGCCAAGGAAAUUGCUAUAGGCCGCUGCUUUGAUGGCACCUCUGAUGGUUUCUCAAGGGAGAUGAAGUCAGACUCUGGAGUGGCGUUGACCUUCAGCUGUCCAGAAAGGAAAAUCAGCAGAGAAAGUCUAUUCCAACGUUUGCAGACCAACCCAAGUCAAACUCUGUCUCAGAUGGCGAGGGACAUGAGGGAGUCAGAGGGUCUGCAGGUGCAGAGAUCAGCCUCUCAGAUAAUGGCCUAUCCUUCAGAGCGGUGGGGCAGGACCCAGGGCCGCAGAGUCAGCUCUUCAACCAGGAGGAGAGUGUCCAUGCGCACACAAGAACGCCAAUAGAUGUUGCAAGGUCUUUUGUCAAGAUUGGUAUGAUGUCAUGGAAAUAAAGUUGGCCGUCUGUUGAUGAGUAUGAACUCCCUCCUGUCUAUGCACAAAAAACGAGGCAGACAGCAAUUCAGCAAAAGCAAGAGAGUGAUACAAGAUAUUCAUUUGACUUAUACUUACUUGAAGGGUUUGGUAUAUUAAUUAUUAAUUUCUUCCCUCCCAAAAAAAGUGCAUCAUUUGACCAUAUGUAACGCAGUGACUGGCAUUUACUUUUAUUAGUUUUGGUCUACUUUUAUGUAUGAACAGACUAAAUUGACUUUUGAGAAUGUAACUUUUAUAGUUCCAAAAUGUGGUAUUCCACUUUCCCCACUUUCUUUUUGCUGACGUCGCUCAACACUUGACUUGAAACCAAACCUUCAGAAACAGUCAAUACUAUGCCAGGCCCCAAACACUUUAUAAUAGGCCAUAACUUUCAACUGAACUUUUCCUCAAGAUCAGAAAGAAACCAACUUGAGGCCCUUGUUGUCUGCAGCGACACUGAGCCCUUUUUCUUCAAACUGGGAAACUCACUCCACCAAGAGGAGCCUCACUCAAAAGAGACACAUGCAGCGGGGUGAAGCAUACCACCCAGGGAACAGAGGAUGUUUUCAGUCAUGCUUCUUAAUGUUUUUCAUUACCAUGCCACAUUGCCAACUGUGACUAAGCCAAACAUCCUUUCACACCUACUUAGAGUGUGCAAGACCAAGGCCUUCGCCAAGACAAGCAUGGAUCCCACUAGUGGCAGGCAGUCUGAAUUGAGGAUAGUUGAUUGAGAGGUAUGACAUGAUUUCCUUUUGUCCUCCGCACAUUCCAAAUUAGCAUCACCAAAGAAAAUGUUACUUAAACAAAUAUUCCCAAAUAUCUCACUUUCUUAGAAACCAUUACAGAGACUCAUUCAGGGUCUAAAUGGACUUUUUUGUUGUUGCUGGGUAAUGUGCUUGUGAGCUGCCGAUAUAUCUCGAAGUGCAAUAACUAUGUAAUUUAACUUAAGGAUGAUCAGCAUGUAACAAGUAUUACAGUACCUUAAAAGUGCUGCUGGUAAAAGACAGUACUUUUCAGUACGUGUGGCAGAUAGUGUGGUUAAAGUGAGCGAGAUCUUGCACAGGACUCACUGGGAGCAAAUAAUUGAACAGCUACGUAAUCACUUGUCAACUCUUGGAGCUGAGUACAAUCUAUUAACCAUUUCAUACUUUGCUGCAUGACUCAGUUUAAUUUUUUACAAUUUGUACACCACCUUAAUAUUUUCAAGUUCAGAAAACAAUCUUGUUAUUUAGAGAGGCUUCUCUUCAUUAACAAACUCCACUGUAUUAUUCUUACACAUGAGAGUUAUCAUUAAAAAGUAACACGCUUAUGGAUUUACUGGCCAUGUUUUCAUAAAUCCUAUCAUUGUGACAAUAUAAGUUAAAUUUUCUGUAGUUACUGAGACCGAUUAUUAUACUUAAGUAACAAAUAUUUGGUCAUUUUAAUUGAGGCUGGUGAUUGGAGUAAACUUUCCUCUGUGAUAAAAGCGGCAAACUUGUUUAUCUGCAAAACGAGCACUUGCAGACCCUUGGGAAAAGCGCUUCAAGCUGAACUAAUCCAAAGCCAUAUCAGGGGGACCGAAGUCCGUGGAGAAACCAGGAGAGCAUGACAAGUAAAUACCAGCCUGCUGUUAAUUAGAAAAAUAAAUUGCAUAUUCUCUUGGGAACUAUUUAAACAGAUUGACCCUGACUUUCACAAACAGUCGAACAACUUAAUUUUCCAGGAUGAAGUUAAGUAAUCAACAAUAUACUGGGCCCAAGAGGAUUAUGGUCAAAUAUAUUUAGCAAAAAACUGGCACCCAGGUAACUCCACUCAAGCCUAAUUACACUUUUAACUGUAAUGUGCAACAGAUUUAUUGUUUAAUGUGUGCUAAAAGGUGCUAAUGUGAAGUUGUAUGUAAAAAUGAAACCAUAUAUUGCAACCCUAUACUUGAAGCUGGCCCCACAUCCAAAAACAAUCUCUUCUCAUUAUGUAUAUGAGCAACACACUUCAGAAAAACACUCAAAAAAGAGUAGUAUAGGACGACAACAUGUGUUGCUUUCACCAUUAUCACUGACCUUUCUAAUCACAGGCCUGUGGGCCGUCCACGACUCAACGGUUCAGAUCUCCAGAUGAAAACAAACAUCUCCCCGCAGCAGAUGUAGCAUCCACCCUGUAGAAAGAAAAAAAAGACGAUGAUUGAAUCCAGGUGUGGGAAGAGAUAAGUCCGGUAAAAAAUGCAAUGGUUGUGUGAGGUCAGCUGAGGAGGCCCAACAGCUGUAAAGCAACUGGAGGAAAUGUUAGACCAAAGACAUCAAGAGGAAUAAGAGCGAGAUUAUCUAGUGAUGGAUUUAAUCAUUUUUGGGGAACUGUUUGGUGAAGGGAAGAAAGGAAGGGAAAAUAUUAGUGGUCUUUGGCCUCACAGUCCAUCACUUACAGAAUCUCAGGCUUCGAAAGUGGUUGCACAUGGAAGAAUGCAGGUUUUUUUGAGGGGCAUGCUUUGACAGGAGAAUUGGCUUAUUCAUGAGCAGAAGUUAUCAGGGGAGUUUGAAGGACAAAGUAACAAUAAUGGUAAACCGUUAUGCAAGGCUUUGCAUGGGAAAGUAAGCUGGGCUCUCCAAACAUUUAUUUUGUCUUCUGGGGAACUUCAAAGCAGAUUAAAGGAGCUUUGUGAUGUUUGGUUAAAUGACUUAAGAAAUAGUUUCCAACGUUUUUAGAAUCAAAUAAAGUGAGUUUAAGCUUGAUUCCAACAGAUAAAACACACUGCAUGGAAUGAAAAUGUUAAUCUCAUAGAACUGGCAGUAGAAGUAGCACCAUUUCAUUUUACAGGGAUUCAAUGUUAAUACCACGAAUAUGGCAUAAUGGAGCUUUCUUUGUUUUCCUUUCACACCUUAAGGAUAUUUACUUUCUUGAAGAGAGUUCAAAAGCAAGAGCACUCUCAUUUUUGUCCGUUACAUGCGAGGCUACAGCCAGCAGCAUUCUAGCUCAGCGUAGCAUAAAGACUUGAAACCUGGAAAAAAUGGCGUGGUAUGGUCUCCUGAAACCUGCUGAUAGCAUGACAAUUCACAAACAAAUCACAACUUGUUUUUACACUUUCCUGUUUGGACAGAUAACACAAGAUACAACAUGUUUUGUAGUUAUUGUGCAAAGCUAAGCUAACUGACUGCUUGAUGUAGCUUCAUAGGUUCAUAUUUAUCGGACAGGCAUUAGAUUGGUAUAAAUCUUCUUGUUUAAGUCUUGGCAAAAAAAAAAAAAACCCCUUGCAUGUUUGAUAAUUGCAUAUUUUCUAUUUCUUCAGACUCACUGGCUUAACUUUGGUUGCGUUUGAAAGGGCCCUGACACACCAAGACAACAGUUGGCUGUUAAUAUCAGUCCAUGGGUGAGCGUCUAUUGGUGUAGUCUUUGCAGUGUUCCUACACCAUUGGCACAAGUAGCCCCUUUUCAGGGUUUUUUGUUGUCCUAUUCAGCAUGUUGAAUCGACGACUAGGAUAACAGAUGCUGUCAGUGAAUAAAAUCACUGACUAGCAGUUAAACUCAGUGCACCAGAAGUGAAACGGAAGUGCAGGAAGCAGUCAAACGGCUAAAGUCAAAAGGGUGAGAGUUAAUUUUUAAAAAAUAAUUUGUACAAUUUUUGUUUUAGCGAUUAGCUCUUUUCUUAUUGUUUGUUGAUGCACAGGAAAUAUACUUUGUUCUUUCAACAUCAGGUUGUGUUGUUAAUGUGCUAACUGGCUUACUAGCAUCGUGAAUCCGUCCUGUCAAUCUACAUGUUUCCUUUUUGAAUGAUGAUUACAGGGUACCGCUGCCUGCUGGUAUGCAGAGUUUCUUUCUCUCUGACAGGCGCAGAACGUACCUGCUAGUUGGCCAUUGGCUUUAGUCUUUGCUGUGCGUUCAAGUGCAACUCUCUGGCCAAGACACAGGCAACUUGAGGCAACGCAACAGUUGCCCUUCAUUGCCACUAGUUCUUUGAUGUCAGAUUGGUGUGUCCUGGCCAUAACAUUUAAAACUUGAGAAAAUGACUGCCAAGUUGAUUGAAUUUGAAAUAUUUCACCAUAUUUUGCUUCUCUGUCAUAGAAUCUCAGUGGGUACAUGUAAUGCUAACCAGCACUAUUUAACUUCAGGGCAGAAAAGACUCAAUCCAUUCAAAACCACCAAGAGUCUAUCAAGCAUGGACAGAUUAAUCCAUUUUCCCUUCUGUACAGUCCAGCUGGGCUCAAGGCGAUCAUUAUUUAUUGAGAAGGUCAUCCUUGAACCUUUCCACCUCUUUCUGGAGUUUGCAAAGGGAGUUGUACUUUUGCCACCGUGCUCCAGGAAGCCUCCCUGAGCUCCAGUAAAAGAAUUACAUCAAUGAACUCCUGAUAAUACUCUGUAAACGCUUAACUAAUGCAUGGUGAUGCCAAUCUUGUUUCUCUCUGUUAAGUUUUUAUGUGUAAAUUGUGUAUUGUAUGAAAUCUACUAUUAUUGUACUGACAAGAAACUGUAAAUAAAUGAUUUUGUGUAAA